AGAGGCGGCCAAGCCGGCGGUGCCCGGCCCCAAGAAGAGAGCCGGAACGCAAGUGCCAGGGCUGCCGUUUCCAGGCCGGCCGGUUGCCGGCGCGGUUGCCAUGGUGUGGGCCCCGAGGCGGCUGCCGGCAUGGACGAGGAGGCCACGAGCGACUUCAAUGAACGCUGUGCUCAGUGUUCAGAAGUGAACUGGGGUCUCACUGAUGGAGGCAGAUUUUAUUGCAGAUCUUGUCAUAAUGUUAUUGAGAGAACUAGAGAAAUUAUAAAUGCUGAUUUUGCUUCUAAUGCAAGAGUGCAAACAAUAUCCAGAGGUUUAUCGAAGGAGGAAAACAAUGAUGGAGGCUGUGAAUGGUAUGUUUGUGAAGGCUUUCAGCUUGUACUCAAGAAACAAGCUGAAGCUUUAGAAACCUUAGGAGUAUGUCCACAAAUGAAGGAUGAAAUUCUGUGCAAUUUUUGGAGACAUUAUCUUCAGAAGACCAAACAGGCAUAUUGCAAAAGACCAGUUGGAGAACCUAUCAAAGCACUGUCAGUGUGUGAUAGCAGUACUGAUGUGGACAGUGACCCAGGGAGACCUAGCCUUCUUCACUUGUUGUCUCUCUCUGAAAGUGAGGGGGAUCUACAGACUGACUGCAGCUUUGCCUCCUCAACUAGCAGGAUCUCAGAAAGCACCUCUGUGUGCUCUGGCUCAGUAGAUGGUAGCUUGUAUUUACUGAAGAAUCAAAAGGACAAAUUGAGGAUGACAAUGCCAAUGACCCUUUCAUUUUGUUACAUGGCCUUACUCUGGUUGAGAGAACCAAUGACAUUAUCCGAUCUCCUAAGGUUUGUUGUUGAAGGUCAUAUUCCAUAUUUGAAUGUUUUUCAGCUUUUUCCGGAGAAGAUGAAACUAUGUGGACUUGAUCUUAAGAUCUUUUGUGUAGAGUCAUGGCCUCUAUACGAAGAAGUAUACAGCAAAAUGCUUGAGCUUGCAGCAUUUUUAGACCUGCCUCGCUUUCCAGAUAUAACAGAGAGCUGCUUUCUUCAUCCAGACAUGUUGUGCAUGAAGUACUUGAUGGAAGCUAAUUUACCUGACGAAUUGCAUACCUGGACUUGUCGAGUGGUGAAAAAGACUUGUAUUGGAGAAGCAGAUUUCCUAACUCUUCUGCCAGGAAAUAAGUCAACAAGAAAAGUGAAAUACGAUGUUCUUGCUGUAGCAGUUAUUGUAGUAGUGCUCAAAUUGUUGUUUUUGUUAGAUGAUCACUAUGAAUGGUUGCUUUCAGAUUUUGCUGAAGAACAAAAUAAAAAUAACACAGAAGGUGGUCCAUAUUUUGAGUUCAAAAAGUGGUACGAAGUUAUAAAAUGUUCCUUGGAUGUGAAGCAAAAGAAAUUGGAUGAAGAAAGAGCCAAGUAUCUGUGGAGAUGUGAAAUGCCACUGUUUUAUUCAGCCAAGAAUAAAUCUAGAAUUUUCAAGAGAAGACAAAUGGUUGUCAACUUACAAAAUCAGUUUGGCAAGCUGUCUGGUUCAGUGCAGCCUGCUGAAAAGCCAAGUCCUUCAUGUUUUCAGUUAACCUGGUCUGAAGAAAACACAGAUGGAAGUUGUUUUCACAGGCAUAGCCUGAAGGGAAUUUUACAAGAAAAAUGUGGUUUACUUAAAGCCAUGAACCCUGACUAUUGGCUGUGUACAGUUAAACUAUGUACUGAGAAAUCGUGUGGUCAUUUGGCUCACUACAAAGAAGUGGACUUUCCCCAGAGUUAUCAUUUUGUACUAAGGUUAUUCUCCUUCCUUCUGAGGAUACAGCCCUCUUAUAUCCAUGAUGAGGUGUGUGCUAUAGAACACAAACUUUUUAAUAAAAAACUCAGUAAAACGCCAAAAUAUAAUACAGUCAUAAGGAAGUAAAAAGCCCUGAAAAUAACAGUAUUAAAACCAUAUAAAUUUGUUGUUUGGAUCCCACACUGUGGUUUUGCAUCUUAACUUCCACUGAUCCUUUUCCCUGUGUGGAAAUUUUCUGUAAGAGAGUAGUGCUGAGAUCUGCUAUACUUUAGGUGUAGUACCAUUUUAUCUAUAAUUAAGGUCACCCAUUUCCAUCUGGGAAGUUUAUCAGGGAAACUAUUUAUCACAAUUUAUUUCCUCACUUAGCAUCAGAGAGAACAGGGAGCUAUGAAAUUACCUUUUUGGGAGCAUAAUUGUACAUACCUGGACAGCACACUAGCAUCUAAUUACAUUAUGAGAAUUUGCAAUUAAAAAUAUUAUCUGUUUUUUUACCUACUGUUGUAUGACUGCAAAUGUAUUUCUAGAAAGUAAUGUUUGUUUUGAAAUAAUGUGUUAAAAAUUAAAAGGAACAGCUCGUGUUUUCACUGCAGUGAGUUUUUUAGUCAUUGUCUAGAAACAGGCUGUUCUGGAGCAACUCUGGCACUGUUUUCUACAAUUCUUUGCAUCAUAUAUAUCUCCCAGCCUCUUGUUAUGCCUGAGCAUCCCAUUCAGGUUAACACCUUUCACAUCCAUGUUCCACUCCACGCUUCACAGAUUUUGCAGCUGCUUUUAUUCCUGGAAUUACCAAUCCCUCUUUGUGCAACAGUAACUGCCAGGUCCUCCUGUCAUUCUCUGGCAGGGCUGCCAUCAUUUGGAUUCCUUCUGACUGCUUUAUAACACAGUAUCUUCAGCAGCCUGCAUCUCAGCCAUUCUGCCAGUUUCUCCAUAUCUUACUUAUGCAUUGUAUUUUUAAACUGUCCCAGACAAUGUAUAAAUGAAGUUGGGUGCUGCCACUACAUUACAGACACUGUACCAUAUAUAUAUGUUGAACAGAGUUGUUGAGUAGAUACUUAGAUGAAUAAUGCUGCUUUCAGUUGAAUUAAAUAGAAUUCAGAAACUCCGGCCAUCAGUAGGGGGUAUAGAAUUUGCCAAAUCUAUUUUGUCAAAACCAAAAUCAACAGCUGUCUCUAAUCUUGUUCUA